AUGGACCUCCUUCCAGCGCAGGAAGCUGCCAAAAUCUACCACACCAACUAUGUGAGGAACUCACGAGCCAUCGGCGUCAUGUGGGCCGUGUUUACCAUCUGCUUCGUCAUCAUCACCGUGGUGGUCUUCAUCCAGCCCUACUGGAUCGGGGACAGCGUCAACACCCCGCAGGCCGGCUAUUUCGGCCUCUUUCACUACUGCAUCGGCAACGCGCUGACCUCGGAGCUCGUCUGCAAGGGCAGCAUGCUGGACUUCGCUUCCAUCCCCUCACCGGCCUUCAAGACUGCCAUGUUCUUCGUUGGGACUUCCAUGCUGCUGAUUGUAGGCACCAUGGUCGGCUUCAGUUUGUUCUUCUUCUGCAACGCAGGAAACGUCUACAGGAUCUGUGCAUGGAUGCAGCUGGCCUCAGGUGUGUUGAUGGUGAUGGGCUGCAUGAUCUACCCAGAUGGUUGGGACUCUCCAGAGGUGAAGAGGAUGUGCGGCCAGAAGACAGAUAAGUACACGCUGGGAAACUGUACGGUGCGCUGGGCCUACAUCCUGGCCAUCAUCAGCAUUCUUGACGCCGUGCUCCUGGCAUUGCUGUCCUUCACACUCGGCAACCGGCAGGACAAACUUCUGCCAGAUGACUUUGAGCUGGAGGGAGCAGAAAACCCCUGAUUGAAUCCACAGACCUUCAGGGCCAGUGUGAAAUAUCAUGAUGCACCUUAGGUUUUCACCUCUCUUGCCUUCUAAUGUUUACUGUGGUUUUGAUUAAUACGAUUUUGUGCUUCCUUAUUUUACUAUAUUUCACAAUACCCAAUAAACAAGCCCACCAAAAUCAUGUAUUGUAUGAAGAUCUGUUUUAUUGUAUGGUGUGUUGUACAGCUUUGUAAGUUGACAACUCACACAGAGUUUAUGUUCUUGAAUCUGACACCAAUGUAAGUUUUUGUUUUUCCCCCAUAGGUUUCGACAGAUAACAUAGGUUACUUGGAUAUGAUCUGUUUGGGACACCAUUACAUAACAUCAGAUCUCACCAUUUCGAUGGUAAAAACAGUGACAUUAUUGAACAGUUGACCACACAUACAACUGAGCUCAAACACACCUUCCAUACACUUUAUUAAAACACAGCUACCCAGCUAAACAAUUUUAGCUAAGAUAUAAGAUUUGUUAAAAACUGUACAUAACUGUAAUAUACAUAAAGGCAAACUCUUUGGUACAGAUAUAUACAGUUUAUUUUCACUUUUUUUUUUUCCUCCUUAAGAUUGGGCUUCUUAACAUGUUGUCUUGUUGAAACCUUUAAAAUACUAUAUACCUGAAUUGUAAUAGGUGAAUGAGAAUGCCAGCCUCCCAUGAAAAUGAAAGAUCCCUAUUAUAAUUAACUAAGGAUACUAAAUACCAGGUGAUAACGGAAUUGCUAUGGCUAAACAUGACCUACUUUAUCAAACAGUGACCCUGCCUGAAGAAAUGCAUGAAAUGAAAGUUACCCAAAGUCAGUGUACAUGUCAGCCCAGUGUGAAACUUCCUAAAACCUUCUUUACAAAUACAAAGUGUAUUUCAAAUGUUGAAUGGGAUUUGUUUUGUUUUUUUUGUUUUGUUUUUUUGUUUUGUUUUUUUUAAGUCACUACUGAAAAGUUGUGGGAAAAGAGUUUUAGGGAACAAAAAUGACCAAUAAAGGCUACAUAUCCUUGGUUUGUUUAGGUUUUAGUGCAGGAGUGUAACAAACAAGGAUGAGUCACUAGCAGUACAAUGACAGACUUCCUUAGGAGGGUGAACGGAGCACAGCAGUUGGAGCCAACAUGAGCACAAAGUAAUAAAAAAAAAAUCCACUGGAUUCCUGACAUCACACUGAGAACCAACUAAUGCAAAGCAAACGUACACAGAAGCAUUAGCUCAAAAACAAGAACAUAAGAAAUUCAAAACAUCUAACCAAAAAAAGAAGAAAGAAUAAAGAAAAA